GUCAGGCCGGGUUUACGUCAUCACGUCAGGCCGGGUUUACGUCAUCACGCACGGCUUCUUGCGCUGGUCCACCAUGAGCUACAUGCUGCCGCACCUGGGCAGCAAGGCGGAGGUGGACGCGGCCAUCCGGAACGUGGCGGACCGGGUGCUGGUGUUGCGCUUCGGUAGGAGCGAGGAGCCGAGCUGCCGGCACCUGGACGAGACGCUAUGGAAGACGAGCCAUGAUCUGAGCAAAAUGGCCGAGAUCUACCUGGUGGAUGUGGGCGCUGUGCCCGUGUACACACACUACUUUGACAUCACCGUCACCCCCUCCACCAUCUUCUUCUUCAACGGGCAGCACAUGAAGGUGGACUACGGCUCGCCCGACCACACGAAGUUUGUGGGCAGCUUCAAGAGCAAGCAGGACUUCAUCGACCUGGUGGAGGUGAUUUACCGUGGGGCCAUGCGGGGCAAGCUGAUGGUGCGCAGUCCGAUCGACCCGCAGAACAUCGCACAAUACGACCUCCUCUACCAGGGCAUCUGAGGAGGCCACGUGGCCUGACACGCAAACCUCACCAUGGGUGACCGUCUCUCGCGCCAGACGCGGUGGCCGUGUGGGUAGAGCGGUGCUCGGUUCUCCUCUGCGAGGAGUCUCUCGCCGUCUCUUUGUCAGAAUAUGACCGAGUUUGAAUCGUAGGCCUGCGUUUCGGCUCUCGGCAUCAUCAUGAGACGAGCCAUUUCCAUAUUCAUGGUUCUUUCGGUAAAGUCACGGAGAUAGAAGACAAAAAAAUCGCGUGCUGCUUACCCAGCUCUCGUCCCCGCCCACUCACUUGGGAACCCUCAUAAGCAGCUACAUUUGGAGGCUUGCUCCCUCAUUUCUCUCCGCCUGAUGAAGGCCGCUUUUAUUGCGAUCGAAACGUCCUGAGCUUUUUUGCUUUUGUUAUUUUCAAUUUAGUAUUUGUAUUUUUAAAUUAUUUUUAUUUUAUUAUUUAUCUAUAUUUUUCAUAUCUAUGUGACUUUACCAAGAGAACCAAGAAUAUGAAUUCCUGCAGUCACGAAAGUUUUAAGUCAAAAUGAAAGCCAUUUCCAUCAGGGAAACGCAGCGAGCAGUGUGACAUUGUCAGAGAAUGGCACCGCAAGUUUGUCAUGGAACUACUUCUGAAAUCCCUUCAGAAGUCUGUUAUCCAUACCCCAGGUGGCUGCCUCUGCUGUGUCCUUCAAUCAAUUGUCAUCGUUUGGAAAUCAUCCCCAAAUGUUUUGUUGUCGGAGCUGGAAAGUGGACAAUUGAGUUAUGAUCCAAAUUUUAUAGCAAUGGUGUUUCUGUGCAGUUAUUGGUAGCCAGGCUCAGACAAUCAUCUUGCCACCCUGGCGGCUUAAACCUGAGUUCAAGCCCAGGUUCUCGCAAUGUUACUGGCUCAGUGUCUCUGGCAUGGCCACCGUGAACCCCUGAAACACCUGGCAACUGUGAAGGAAAGCUUUAAAAAGCUGAACGUUUCGUGAGAGCGAGAUGCUCGUUUGUUGGAUCGGAUCUCCUGCCAGUGGAAAUUUACGCUCCAGGCAACAAUUAAAAAGCAAGCCGUGCACUAAGGAAAUGAGAAGUGCUUCCACCAGUAAUGCGAUUGCUCUGCAUCUGUUGCGGUUUGUUGUUUUAUUACGCUCGCCUAGAUGUAUCCGUAGAUGUUCCAACAGGGUUAUUUAUCAACCCAAAAUAAAGUGACAUUUAUUCUAU